CUUGAUCAGAAUCUAUGAUCGCGUUCAGAGGAGUUUGGAAACAUGGUCGGAGAUGACAGCGCGCUCGCGCAGAGAUCCCCCAAAAACGGAUUAAGCUGUAAAAUGGUCCUUCAGGCGGUUGGCAAAGUGCUGAGGUAUUAUCUGUCUCCUCCCAAUGGAAAGAAGCCGCCCCCCGAGGAGAAGAAGCAUUACCUGGAUGCAGAACACACCAAAGUAAGAGUCGUCGACUUCGACCUCAAGGAGCUGGUGGUUUUACCGAGAGAGAUCGACCUGAACGAAUGGCUCGCUUGCAGCACCACCACGUUCUUCAAUCUCAUCAACCUGCAGUACAGCACGAUCUCUGAGUUCUGCACGGGAGACACGUGUCCGGCCAUGACCGCCUGCAACACGACGUACUUCUGGUAUGAUGAGAAAGGGAAGAAGACGAAAUGCACAGCACCGCAGUAUGUGGAUUUCGUCAUGAGUUCAGUUCAGAAGCUGGUGACCGAUGAGGACAUCUUUCCCACCAAAUACGGUGAGUGAGUCUCUAGCGCCACCUGCUGAUGCAUGUGCAUCUCUAUAUUGCACAUGUAAAUAUAGUCUUAAAUAAUAAUAGAUGUCACUUCUGUUGUGUGCUUAUUUGAAAGCAAAUGACCAAUUUUAGUAGAAAACUAAUAAAGACUCUCACAAUGGAUGUGGAAAUAAAUUAUUAGCAACAUUCUGUACAUUUAAACAGUAACACUUCACCAUAAGGUCCCAUUAGUUAACUACUUAACUAAUUAGUUCAUAUAAAUUAACAAUCAAUUUGUUCCAGUAUUUAUUAAUUUCUGUUAACAUAGUCAAUACAAAAUAUUAGGGCUGAGCGAUAUGACCUAAUAUCAAAAUCUCGAUUAAUUGAACAUAUUACCUCGAUUACGAUUAUUUAACAAUUAUUU